ACCCAUAAAGCGUCUCUCUAUGUGCCCUGAAAACCGACUAAGCCCCUUUUCCUCUAGUACGAAAUAAACCAACCUCUUAUUUUUCUUUUCAUCUCUCUAACCAUUACCCACUCAAAACCCUAGCAAUCCAGCCAUCCAUUGCCAAGCUCAACCCUCCUGCAACUGUUGUCCUCCUCGCCUCAGGUCUAUUCCCCUCAUUGCCCCCAUUGCUGCAUGCUAAGAGCUCGUUCUCCUCGCCUCUAUUCCCCUCAUUGCCCCCAUUGCUACAAGCUAAGAGCUCAGAGAAAGCUACAACAAUUUCGUGCUUUCCUAGCAUCAAGAUUACCAAACAAGAGAAAGUAGCAGAAUUACAGUUUAUCAAACAGGGUUCCCAGCUUUCAGGCUACCAAUUUUCACGUUCUCCCAAAUUCUAGGAAAGUCAACAGCGGGAUAAUCCCAGGGAAACUGCACAGAAAGUUAUUGAACGCACCCUAGGCCCUCCCACCCACCCUACCCAUGGGCACGCCGGAGAACUCUCGAGAGCCCUGCCCCGACCGCAUCCUGGAUGACAUCGGGGGCGCCUUUGCCAUGGGAGCAGUGGGUGGCUCCGCCGUGCACUUCUUCAAGGGAUUCAUUAACUCCCCCAAAGCUCAUCGCCUCUCUGGUGCAUCUCAGGCCGCCCGCAUGAAUGCCCCCCGUAUUGGCGGCAGCUUUGCUGUUUGGGGUGCCCUCUUUUCCUCCUUUGACUGCUCCUUUGUCUACCUCCGACAGAAGGAAGAUCCAUGGAACUCCAUUUUAGCAGGUGCUGCCACUGGUGGCUUCUUACAACUCCGUCACGGGGCUAAAUCGAGUGCCAGAUCAGCUAUGUUUGGAGGGGUAUUGUUGGCUAUGAUUGAGGGGGCAGGGAUUUUGCUCACUAAGGUCAUGAGCCCACCAACAUCUAUGCCUAUGCCUAUGGAGGGGCAGAUGCCGCCAGGGAUGGCACCGGGCAUGAAUUUCCCCCAGCCGCCUUAUGGGGGGCACCCUGAAGCCCUGAAUUAUCAGAGUCCUCCAACUUCGAAUCCAUCAGCAUCAAGUUCGGGCUCUUCUUGGUUUGAGGGUUUGUUUAGGGGGAGGAAGGACGAUGCUAAAAUUGGGGGUGAGGAGAAGGGGGACAACGUGUUGGAGAGCUUUGAUAAGCCUAGCACACCGAUUCCUUCGUUUGAGUACAAGUGAGGGCUUGGUUCUCAAAUCAAGUUACUUGGAGUUAUUUGGUCUCUGUGAGGAUUGACGGGUGGUCUUCAUUUGGUUGGAGAAUAGAGUUUUCGUGAAUUAUAUAAUGGCAAAUGGAGAAAGAAACUAGUUGGUACUGAUAAUAUCUUCAUUGCACUUUAGGGAAGUGCUUAUCCAUACCUUCUAAAGUUAAUCUUUUUAUCGCAGUAACUUCGGUUUAGGAUUUCGUGUGUGUUCUUCAUUUAUAUUGGACGCCUUAUUGGGCUUUUGAAUAUCCAUAAAUUUUGUUAGUGACAUCUACAUUGUUUAUCUAUGGUAUUGUGCUGGGGCACAUCACUCUAUUGCGCAUGUAAAUAUAACUGAUAUGGUUGAUAUAGAAGUUAGAUAAAAUAACUUCCUUGAUAUUCUGAUUCA